GAGACGGGGACGUUUUUUUAUUUUAUCAUUCGGCCAUUAAAACUGUGGAAAGGUCUAGCUUUCCUUUGGCAGUGGUGCUAAAACCAGACGCCAGAAUAAUGGCGGUGCGGAGAGAAGGCGGUGAUGAUGCGGAUGUUGGUCGCCGCUGCGCGCGCGAGCUUUCUGUAACAACACGCGCGGAGCACUGAUUAUGCGCACGGGGCUGCGACCGCGAGUCCCAACAGUUCAGCUGCAUACUGAAAUAAAGACAGAGAGAAACAGGCUGACGCUGGAACACCUAAGCUAAGGAUUUUAAAGGUGGUUAAUGGUUUUGCAGCCAUGGUCACAUGCUCAGUCCAGCUUGGAUGUUUGAUGUGACAUUCUAUAUCCUGUGAAGUGUAUACCCAGUUUUUGCCUGUGUGUGUGCCCGUGGCAGAGAGUGGGAGUGUCCGAGCGAGCGUGUGUUAGCACUCUCACAUGGCCUCGAUGCAGGACGGGGUGAACUUCACUGCUCCCCCCUACGGCAAAGUGUUGCUGCUCGGGGCCAUUGCUGCUGCCUCGGCCUUCGUCGUUACCAUCUUGAUUGUCGUGCUGUGUGUGGGCUGCCACAGGAAGGGGAAGAGUCACAAUGGUACUGGUGAAGAGAGAAAGCACAGACUCAUGGACAUGAACAUAUUGCGGCAGUCAAAGCUGCGCUGCAUCAGUAAGUCAGACACCAAGCUCCAUGAGAUGAACAGACUCAACUGCAAUGGCAAAAAAUCCUCCAAGAAGAACCGUCCAGCCAGCAUGGACCUGCUCCUUCUGCCAAGCCGUCGAUCCAACUCAGACUUGAGAACCUCACAAGGCCGUCAGGUGCCUCAGGUGCCCUCAGGAGAAGAUAGAGAGCACACAUAUGCUGAGGUGGGGCGCCGUUCAUCACCUACUCGCUGUCCUGAGGCAGCGCUCAGGGGGCGGGCUGGAGAGACAGACACCCCCGCUCCCCCUGCUGUUCCCGCCAACACCCCAGCCCCACCUGAUCCAGAUGGAGACAGCCUGGAUGGUGCUAUUCCUGAGCCUGAGACCCUCCCUCAAGUAAUGAACCCACCCCCACAGCCUCCAGAAACAGCCGAGUAUGCAUGUAUCAGAAAAGUUCGCAAGGUUGACAAAGCUGCCCAGAAGAGAGAUAAUGGCACUGAGACGGAGGAUGGGCUUGGGCAGGUGCAGCGACACAGUAGUGGAGAGUUUCGGCACGCUCCACCCAGUCAUCCAGCUCCGCCCCCACCACACCCACACAGUCAGAAGUUGCCGCGCAAGAAUGUGGAGGCUUUCAAUCUUCCAUUCUUUCCAAAGGAGGCAGUGUUUAUUGGAAAUGGAGAGGAGUAUAUAUGGAAGCCUCCCGAAGAUGAUGACAUCAUGUUCCAGCCCAAGCAUAUAGGCCCUCUGAGCCCUCACAUGGGAGAAAACAUGGCAGCUGGGAUCUCAGAUAUGUACUCUAAAGUCUGCAAACCAGGCAAGAAGAAAAGAGGCAUGCCUGGCUCACCUACAGGUCCUAGGGAUAUUGGUGGCUAUCGGACCUUGGCCCGAGGUGAACGUGAUGGUGGCUUUAAUGUGGUGGUGAAGCCACAGACAUGGGCACCACAGGAGGCAAAAGGCUCAAGGAUGCCCCCUGGCUCAGUGGAAGAGCACUGUUAUGAAGCCAUUGGUGCGGAGGAGAGCGACAUGUCUUAUGAAGCUGCAGAGGUUGGCGGAGGCGGAGGAGGUGGAGGAUGGAAACGAGACAGGCCUCCCCCCAAUGCCAGUGCCACCCUCCGGCCCAAGAAGAGAAAGCCACAGCAGCCACAGCACCAGCCGCCUCCGCCACCUCCCCCUCCCCAACAUACGCCCAAGAUGCAGCACUUGCCAGCCAAAGCACUUUUGCUGCCAGGCGAGAAUCUCUACGAGAGCAUCCCUGACCUGAAGCAGGGCUCAACCACAUCCAGUACCACCACCAUCUUCACAUUUAAUGAUGGAAUGGAAAUGUAUGUCACUGGCCUGUAAGGGCUCAAACUUAAAUCUCAAAUGGAAAGACCCCCAUCUUAUAGUUGAGUGGGAAAGAGAAUUGACAAGGCUUCCUGCACUCAUUCACACAUCAUGUUUACAUUCAGCCCUAUGGUUCCCAAAUAGCCCCACACAUUGCCUUAGAGCAGCAGUCUGGAAAAGGGGGCUUAUAUUACAUCAAAUAUUGUGCAGAUGUUUUCACUGGGGAUGCUGUUGCAUCAUACAUCAGUUUGGUAAACACACAUUGCACUAUCACUUCAUAUCUAACACAGUGUAUCAGUAUUAAUUGCCUCUGGCCUGCGAUUUGAAAGUGUGGUAGAAAAAUGUGAUAACACCAAGGAAACAACUUAGAUCAAAAUCUAACUUAAUCACAUAUCUUUUAAGAGUAGCAGAUAUCACAGUUCACAAAUCACCAACAUAUCUCCAUAUAGGGGGAAGCCUGUUUAAGGUAUACUCCAGGAUACUGUUUUUGAUAGUACACUUUUUUGUGCAUUGUUUUACAUCUUAGUUUCCAUCGGAAUUGCGGGUUUCGUUCGUUUAAUUUUAUGUUAAUUCCAAAGGAAAGGACAAAAUGAGCACAACUCUACUGAGCAGAAAGAAUACUAAAAUGCACAGAGUAUUUAUACUCAAUAUUGUAGUGUAUAUUGACCGAGAAAAAUGUUGAAGUGGGAAAACAAGCCCCUUAUUUUAAAGUCAAACCAACAGCAAAAUAUAACUAUUAAUGAAAGUCUGGCUAAUACCACUGCUGUCAGACCUUAUAUUGUAGCUUCACAAUGAACACAGGCCUUUAUCUAAAUUAUUUAUGAAUUCAUCCACAAGCUUUGGGAAAAUAUGUGGCACUAUUUUUCUAGUGAUAAAGCCUCUAUUUCUGUAAGGGAAAUCUAUGGGAAAUAAAUAUAAAAUAUAGAUAUAAAAAGAGUAUUCCCAUUCACUGAACCACACAACUGCAUAUUGGUCUACAUAUUCAAAAGCACAGAAGAAUCAUAUGCGGCAAAUUUCCUCUUCCAGCACUUAAAUACAUUAUAGACUCCUUUUGGGAGUCCAUUUGAAAAAUCAGAGCUAAAAUGAAUAGUAGCAAAUAAAAAAGAGAUCCUAAAGAGAAUAAGCAAAAGCUCAGGGACAGUUAAAAAUAUAUAAAGGUAAUUGAAUUAGUUGCACAUGGAACUAUUUUACUCUAAGUGAAAGAAAAAGUUUAGAGCAUUUUAAGGCAUUGGGCCUUGCCCUUCAGAAUUUUUUAAGUUUUUUGUUUUCACAAUUUUAACUUUUUUGUUGUUUUAGCUCAUAACAUAAACACCUAAAUGGCUGUGUAUGAAGUCACCACUGCCGUACAAUACAGUACAAUAAUGUUUUACGUUGUUAAUACUGUUAAUGCAC